CCAGCUAUUUUCCAGCUAUUUUCCAGCUAUCUUCCACCAUGCGUAUGCAGCGUACGCAAUGUGCACAGUGGAUGCUGUGGUACCGCCUGGUCCUGUUCGCCUGGACCGCAGUCCUCAUCGCCGGAGGCGCUGUCGCUUGGAAGUUCAUCUCGAAGCGCGGCUUUCAUCUUCCAGCGAUUCCAGGCAGCCAGUACGACAAAGAGGAGCAGUCGUACCUGGGUUUCUUCGGUGAUGGUGUGGAUGGGGCUCAGGCUGCGCUGGUGCUUGGCAGUGAUUCCCCAGUCAUGGCGAUGACCAACGUAUCUACCUGUCAGAUCAAACCAGCUCUGCAACAAGUUGGGAGCACUGGAAACACUUUCCAGUUGGAGUUGUCCUGUCAGAAUGAGUCUGCACCUGGCGGUGGAUGUAUCACAUCUUCACAACUCAGAAGUGAAGUGUACUCGCUGGUGAGCAUGUUCAUGUCCAACAUGAUGUCGCCAGAGAAUUUGUCUCACUUCCUCGAACGACAGGUGGAACCAAUGCUGGAUGCUGCUCCGGAGAUGUUGGCUUGUCCGCAUGUUGAGGACACCUUUCAAAAAAACCUGGCAGAAGCAUCUUUCCAAGUGGAAGAGUCCCUUCGCCAGAAAAUGCCGAACUGCGACUUAGCAGUUCUGUCUUUCUGGUCUCUGCCUCCUCAACAGUUUCAGCGCAACUUGACCUUUGCAGAGUUCAAGUUUGAAGUCACGGUCACGCUCCCAGCAGGAAGCUUUUGGAAUGUUUUUCAAAAACUGCUCAGCUCCAAAAGCCAAGAACAAAUCAUGGUGGCAGUUCGUGCGCACACAUGCAACGGCUUGCCAGUUGCUGACUUCUCACAGGAGGCUCUUCAAGUGGCCAGCAUUCUGAAGGAUGUUGCAGAGGCGGCAGAGGGCAUCGACGGUACCAACUUGAAAGCCGAAGUGAUGUCCUUCGCCAUCAUCGUGGAAAGUAUCAGAGAUGGGGUUGAAGUGGUGAUGGCCAUGUCAACAGGUCGGGCCUGGUAG